AUGAAUCGGAUGCGUUUUAUUGUUUUCCCUCCCAACCCCCCGUCAUGUCAUGUUGUGUUUUUCGUUCUGCAGAAGUCAGAAGUUGGCAGCACCGCGAGGGCUACAAAAAAUUCCGAGGUUAUUUUUUUCUACUACUACUUCAUUCCAACGAUUCUCUCUACUCAUGAUUGUCAUGUUUUCUCUCUCUCACAUAGCAACACACCCACACAACCCGACAAGGUGUGGUGUGCGGUUUGGAAAGAAAGUAAUGAAACAGAAAAACACACUUUUAAGAAGCCAAGCGUAGCAUUGCCACUAUUGUCACCAUUGUCUGUGGUUAUUUCCUAUUUCUCGCUUGUCAGAGGUCUUACAAGCCAAAAAGAACAAAGCAAGGAAGAAUAA